AUGUCUGUUUCUAGCCCGCUUCAAACAUCGUCUUCAUCUCCGGCCCAUAACAACCUCGAUAACAGCCUCGAUAACUACAGAAGCAUGGCUACAGACACGACGACAGCCAGCACUUCACAUGAGCCUACCAUGAUGACGCCUGCCACCACCUCAUCCUCUAUUCCAGGACCUGCCAACUCUCAAGCCUCUCUCAUCGCACUGGGCGCCUCACCACCAGUACCACCAAGUACAUCUCAGCAGCCCAGAGCUGGAGUGUCCACUACUACACCACUCACCGAACCAACACUAUCGCCCUCCCUCUCCAUCUCCUUCAAAACUUGGAAACCUCCCCGCCUCGACUCCACCAGGUUCGAGAAAGGCUGGCUUGACCACAAGUUUCAGGCCAUGGAAAGUACACGCAGUCGCCCCAUAGGCCGCAAUAUUCGGCUCGAGUACCAUUCUGGCGACAUAUUUGCUGCUCCUCCGCGUACUUUACUCAUCCACGCUUGCAACGCAUUGGGCAAAUGGGGCGCAGGCAUCGCUGUGGAAUUCAAGCGACGGUAUCCUCGCGCAUUCGCCAUCUACAAUCGGUAUUGCACUUUGACGUGGAAUCCCAAGGCUAAACAUGUGCCAUCUGGUUCUGCAUUACUUAUCCCUCCUGUGGACAGUCAGGGCCAUUGGAUCGGCUGCCUUUUCACUAGUAAGUGUGUUGGAAAGAAGAAGGAUCGAGAAGAUGAGAUCGUUUCCAACACCGUUUCUGCUGUACAGGAUUUGCUGCAACUGGUCGAAAAUGUAGAUGGUGAAGCGGAGCAUGGGCAAGUUACUGAGAUUGGUCAUCUCAGAAUGUGCAAAAUCAAUAGUGGCAAGUUUGGUGUGGAUUGGCAGGCUUCAAGCCACGCAAUUGGUCGGACGACAUGUCUACCAAACUGGAGAGAUUCAAUUGAGGUUUGGGUUCGCGAGGGCGAGGAAGACGACCAGCAUGAUACGACAGUGCAUGCAAAAGGCGGAGACACGUGGGUCUAUAACAGAAAGUCAGGUUUCCAGACCCUGAUCGAAGGGAGACAAGCUGAGGAUAGCAAUUCGGUCAGCCAGGAGGUUCAGACGGGGAAGAGCCAGCCCAUCAACCAGGAAGAUCCAAAUAGCACGAUCAAGCGUGUAGGCUUUAGUGAACAGCGUGGGCCGAACGAGCAGCGUCAGAAGAAGAGGCCACCUAUUGACGAAACUAAGCAACUCGACAAGGAGCAGGGCAAACGCCUUUGUUUACGCAAGUCGCUAUAG